AUGCGUAGUCACUCUGUUUCAUACUUGUGGAUUUGUAACACACGUUUCGGCAGCCGCCUCACACUCUCAGCAACUAACUAGUUACCCAUUUUUUGUCGGGUGGAACACAUAUAUUAGCUUGAAUGAGCGGUGAACUCUUGAACUUGAAGGAAGGAUUCGCUCCUUUAGCUUCUGAAUUCGAUGAUGCUAAAUUUGGUAACCAGGCGAAAGAUGCCCUGAUCCACAUCCGAAUACAACAACGUAACGGCCGGAAGACUCUUACAACUGUCCAGGGCAUCAAUCCUCAGUACGACUUCAAGAAAAUUGUCAAAGCCUGUAAAAAGGAAUUUGCCUGUAACGGCACAGUAGUGGAGCACCCAGAGUACGGUGAGGUUGUGCAGCUACAGGGUGACCAGAGAGAAAACAUCAAGAGCCUGCUGUGCAAGUGGGGUCUUGCCACUCAAGAUCAGGUCAAGGUGCACGGUUUCUAGGCCUUCUCACCAGACCAAUGUUGCCAUUGUGAACACUCAUUUGUUUUAACUCGCCUUGUGAUGCUAGUAUUAACCCUGUUUUUUAGGUAACCAUGUAUUUACUUCUAGUCGACAACUUCUGUUCUGUUACCUACCACCUCUGCUGGUAUGACUAACUUUGGGCAGCAGACAUGAAGCCAGGUUAAGUGACAUUUUCUCAAGCAAGAACCAUGUUUGUGGCAAGUCCACCUGAAGCUUGUGUAUAUCAUAGAAAGGAGAGCUCAGCCAUUGUCAAGACUUAUUCCUGCAGUGAAAUGGUCAUUCAUGUUUGAACAUCAAAAGCCCUAUGCCAGUUUACAACUCUAUGCCUUUUUAAUAGAUCACUCAAUUGUAUAACUUUGUCAUCAAUAAUAAAGAUUUUUAUAAUGA